UGUAAUGUCUUAGUAAACACGAGCACUUUGUCCUUCCCUUUCUCCCCGUUCCCCACUCCCACUUCUACUCAUUUCAUUGCCUUUUCCCAUUCCGUAUAUUUUAUUUUUAGUUUUUAGGUUAUUAGGUUAGGGUUCUUCAUGGGGCUAAAAAUAUUUGCAUCAAUCUCCAUAGGCAUGAUCGAGAUUGGGUUUUGAGAUUUUGAUUUUUUAAGAAUCGUUAAAUCAGGGCAGUGUUGAGAGGUAGGGGCAUGGAGAAUGGUCACGAUCGGAAAUUGGCUGAAAAGCUGUCGGGUUUGGCCCUCAACGACAACAACGAUGAUAGCUUGUUUCAGGUCAUGAAAGCUGUUGAGGCCGCCGAAGCCACCAUUAAGCAACAGGCAGAAGAGAACAGUCGGUUGAGGUCCGAACUCCAGAAGAAACUUGAGCAGCUCGAAAAAUAUAAAGUGGAAAGUGUUAACAAUCAAAAUGCUUCUGCAAAGGAAGCUACCGAUACCAUCUUAAAUGGUGCUUUGAAUGCAUUUUCUGCUGCUGCUGCUGCUGCGUCUGAUAAUAAUACGGGUCCUGCUAUUUCUCGUCUCUCUUCGCCCUCUACGGCUACCUCAUUUUCGCCAACCAGGUAUCAGUUAGACGGAGAAUACAGUUCUAGAUUGCCACAGGGUCUCAUACCAAUGGCUAAUUCCAAUUCCAUUUGGAAACAGGAUGCUUCUAUUAAGGGUCGAGAAAAUGAAGAAGAGAUUUUGCAGUUGCGCAAACAGCUUGCUGAAUUUUCCAUCAAGGAAGCACAAAUUCGUAAUGAAAAAUAUGUUCUUGAAAAGCGCAUUGCUUAUAUGCGUCUGGCCUUUGAUCAACAACAACAGGACCUUGUUGAUGCUGCCUCAACAGCUCUCUCUUAUAGGCAAGACAUAAUUGAGGAAAAUAUUCGUCUAACAUAUCAAUUACAGGCUGUGCAGCAAGAAAGAACAACAUUUGUGUCAUCUCUGCUUCCUCUAUUGGCAGAGUAUUCCCAGCAGCCACCAGUUCCUGAUGCUCAAUCCAUUGUAAGCAACGUUAAGGUUCUAUUUAAACAUCUGCAAGAGAAGCUUCUUAUCACCGAGUCAAAGCUAAAGGAAUCACAAUAUCAAUUGACACCUUGGCGGUCAGAUGUCAAUCAUUCCAAUAUUGUUGCCCAAUCCCCAUCUCAUUCCCUUGGUGCAACAUUGACAACUUCAAGCAAAAAUGGUCUUGAAUUGGUUCCACAGUUGGGUUUUCCCCAAGGAAAGGCACAUAUAAUCUCUAAUGCUCAGACAGACUCAACCUGGGAUCUACCUGGUCAGCACCAAGGUGGCUUGGGUGGCGGCAUUGCUUCAACAAAUUUGGAACCUGAUGAUUUGGGAAGGUAUUCACCCAUAACAAGCAGGACUUCUACUGCUAUUGAGGCACCAACACAGCUUGCAGGAGCUCAGGGUGACAUGAAUACCAUGCGAUAUGGUGAAGAAACUAUUAAUAAACAAGUUAAAUUUCGUGACCUUGUUAGCACUAAUGAGAUGGAUUAUCCUGAUACUGAGGGACCCCAGAUUGAAAAAGAACCUACCUCCAAUUGGGAUUCAAGAAACUCACCUUAUAAUGCACAUGAUGACCCUAAUUCCUCUUAUCCUUCUUAUCUGCCACCAGUUCUCGAAGAGCCUUCGUCUUCUUUUUCUGAGGCUGCUGAAGAUGAUCGACUUCCAGCCAUAGAAGGUCUCCAAAUUUCAGGGGAAGCUUAUCCAGGAAGGGAACUUCAGGCGUGUGGAUAUUCUAUUAAUGGAACUACCAGUUGUAAUUUCGAGUGGGUGCGCCAUAUGGAAGACGGAUCUGUUAAUUACAUUGAAGGAGCAAAGGAACCAAACUAUCUUGUUACUGCUGAUGAUGUUGAUACAUACCUUGCUAUUGAAGUUCAACCUUUAGAUAACAGGAAGCGCAAGGGAGAGCUGGUGAAGGUCUUCGCCAAUGAGCACAAGAAGAUCACAUGUGAUCCGGAGAUGCAAGCCCACAUAGAGAAGACUCUUCAUAGUGGCCAAGCUUCAUAUAAAGUUUCAUUUACGACAAGAUAUCUUGAUAUAUGGGAACCAGCUACUUUGACCAUUAAAAGAGACGGUUACAUUAUCAAGUUUAGUGGACCCAAUGGUCCUGUGAUCACUGAAAAGCUUCACCUGACCACUCAGAUUAAAAUUACAUUCGAAGAGCCUACAGAGUUUAUGAUUAUUGGAUCGAAUGGUGUCCAGCGCGUGUUACGAGCAGACAGUAGUUCUCAAGAUAUUAGCCGCUCAAGAGAUACAAUUGUGCUCACCUUGAGAUUAUUUAUUAUACGGCUUUUGCAGGCUGGUGACAGAAGAAAAGGGAAGAAGAGAGGUUUAUUCUUGUAACAAGGCAUCAUAGAUGGUUCAUUCACUGUGCGGUUGAGUUAGAAACCUUGGUAUUGAGAUUGAGUAGAAUAUAUAUUUGAGAAUGCCCCCUGUGGCUUAAAUAGUUAACCUGUUGGGUAGCUAGCUUUAGUGGUCUAAUAUUCUUUACAGGCAGCAAUGUUAAGUUGUAAUUACAUUUUGUAUCGAUAAUUUCCGUCCUCAUUGCUGUCUUCUCUCGCUUAAUCACAAGACGGUGUCAGGGAAUUUUUUUGUAUUACUUUCCGACCCCUUUAGAGGUCAUUGUGUUUGCAGGAAUGGUUGGUAAUUUUUGUGAUAUA